AUGGGCGACGACAGCCGUGAUGUCCCGGAGGACGACCAACUGGGUCACUCUGGCCAACGCGGCACCGACAGCAGCAAAGCAUCGGUCCUGCUGAUACCUGGAGCCUCGCUAUCUGGUCGUGAAUGGCUUAAGGUCAUACCACACUUGGAGACCAACUACAAUGUACUUAUGCUUCGGGAUCCAACGGAACAAGGUGACAACCAAAAUACUGAGCCCUUCUCGAAAGAAGACACAGCCCGCCGCCUGGCCGACCUGAUCCACGAUGAAGGAACGAACGGCAGAGCCCACGUGGUUGGACACAGCCUAGGCGCUCACGUAGCUGUCGAGUUGGCAUCAAAGUACCCAGAGGUCGUAGAUAAAGUCUUCACGUUGGCCUACGGCCUGUACAUACAGGACAGCGUUGCGAGCAUUGCCCCCAAAGCCCUGAUCCGAUGGCUUACGGACGAUACUGAUCUACCCGCCUCGACAACUGCCCCUAGCCUUGCCUCGUGCAAAGCAGUGGCGAGUGUCAUGUGUCCCGGCGAGGAUGGAUGGCCACAGCCAUGGCCGGCGACUACGCUGAUCAUUGCUGCUGGGAAGUCUGGUUUAUUGCCUACUGCAGAUCAUCCUCACGAUGCGAGGCGCUUGAGGGAUAUAGGUAGGAAAGCGAACGAGGCUACUGUCGCGUAUACACAUCCGGAGAUGCGGCAUCCCUGGAACCUGCAAGCUCCGGAGCUGUACGCUCAAACGGUGACACAGUGGGUUGAAGAGGGCACAGUGCCGGAUGGCUUCAAGAUACUGUAG